CUGAACCGGGGCAAAAACUAAAUUCUAUCGCCUAAAUUGGAUCUGCGCUACCUUCUCUGAUUUUCCGAUCCAUGAUCUGCGAUUCUUCUAUCGCCGGAAAUUAGCUUGGCCUUGGAGGGGCUGCGCUUGGGAGUUGAGAGGCCGGACCGGAAAUGGAGCUGGACCGCUGUUGCUGGUAGCUCACCGAAGUUCAAUGCGCCGGAUCGCCGCCUCUGGUUUUCGUUUGGACGCUGCUGGACGCCGGAGUUGGAGGCGCUGCUUUGAUUGGAGAGCCUUCGUCGAUGUCGGGAAUUGGAGGUCGCUGAUGGAAGAAGACGUCUAGAGCUCGUGCACGCCGAUCGGGUCGGGUCGAAUCUCCGAUAGUCAAUCCCUCCUUUCACAUUAUCAAAUUUGAUCAUUCCUCAAUGUUUAAUCCCCCCUCGGCCCUCCCUAUAAAUUGCCUCACUUCACUUCCUCAAAAUCCACCAUCUCUUCUCUUUACUCCCUCGCUUAAGCUCUUUCCCAUACAUUUCUGUUAGCUUAAUUAGUUCAGCCCUGCCAUGACCAUCACCCCGGCAGUCCGAUUUGCUGACCGGAAUCUGUUCGCCAACGACCGCGUUUUAUUCUCAGACAUCCCGAAGAAUGUCACCGUCGCCGCGGGUUCCACCGACGGUCUGUUCCUCGGAGCGUUUUUCGAAGCCGAGAGCUCCCGCCAUGUGGUCCCGCUCGGGAAGCUUCUGGGCUUGAAGUUCUUUGCCUCGUUCAGGUUCAAGAUGUGGUGGAUGUCGCAGAUGAUGGGGUCCCGCGGCCGUGACCUUCCGGCGGAGACCCAAUUUCUCCUCGCCGAAUUGAAGGACGGCACCGGCGAGGAAGACGAAGAGGCUUACUGCGUUCUCCUCCCGUUGAUCGAAGGGAAAUUCCGGGCUUCCCUGCAGGGGAAUUCGGGGGACGAGGUGGAAUUGUGCCUGGAAAGCGGAGAUCCGGACACGGUCGGGUCGGAGUUCACGCACUCCGUUUACGUCCACGUGGGAUCCGACCCGUUCGCCGCCGUAUCCGACGCCGUGAGGGCGGUGAAAUCGCACCUCAACAGUUUCCGCCAGCGGCACGAGAAGAGGCUCCCCGGAAUCGUCGAUUACUUCGGGUGGUGCACCUGGGACGCCUUCUACAAGGAGGUAACCCAAGAGGGCGUGGAGGCCGGCCUCGAGACCCUCUGUUCCAGUCCAACCCCCCCGAAAUUCCUGAUAAUCGACGACGGCUGGCAGACGGUCGGCGGCGACGAAUCGGAGGAGAAACCCAUAUUCAGACUCACCGGAAUAAAAGAGAACCCGAAAUUCCAACAGCCCGACCCGGACAACAUCGGGAUCCGGAAGAUCGUGGACAUCGCCAAGCAAAAGCACGGCCUGAAAUACGUGUACGUGUGGCACGCGAUCACGGGGUACUGGGGCGGGGUCCGGCCGGGGGAGAAGGGGAUGGAGGAAUACGGGUCGGUCCUCAAGUACCCGAAGGUCUCGGAGGGGGUGAUGGAGCACGAACUGACCUGGAAAACGGACGAAAUGGCGGUUCAGGGCGUCGGGGUGGUGGACCCGAAGAGGGCACACAAGUUCUACGACGAGAUGCACAGCUACUUGGCGUCGGCGGGGGUGGACGGGGUGAAGGUGGACGUGCAGUGCAUACUGGAGACGGUGGGGGGUGGGGUUGGGGGUAGGGUGGAGAUCACAAAGCAGUUUCAUCAAGCUCUUGAUGCUUCUGUCUCUAAGAACUUCCCAGAUAAUGGGGUCAUUGCUUGCAUGAGCCACAACACUGAUGCUCUCUAUUGUGAGAAAGAGGUGGCUAUUGCGAGGGCAUCGGAUGAUUUCUUCCCGCGCGACCCGAUUUCACACACCAUCCACAUUGCCGCAGUGGCAUACAACGGUGUUUUCCUAGGCGAAUUCAUGGUUCCGGAUUGGGACAUGUUUCACUCCCUCCAUCCGGCCGCGGAGUAUCAUGGCUCGGCACGAGCACUCAGUGGUGGCCCUGUCUAUGUCAGUGAUGCACCCGGGAGACACGACUUUGAUCUCUUGAAGAAGCUCGUCCUCCCUGAUGGUUCGGUCCUCAGGGCUCGCUUGCCUGGCCGCCCCACAAAGGACUGCCUUUUCUCCGAUCCCACUCGCGAUGGCAUUAGCCCGGCGUCUCUUGAAAAGAGUUUCACAUAUCUUCUCUAGACCCCACUCUUGGUUGGAUUG